AGAGUGAGAGUGAGAGUGAGUGCGGCGUGAGAGUCUCCCUCACACCUCCACUCAAUAUUGUAGAUCUACAAGAUGGCGUCAAGUGUUUGGAACUCACUAACUUGCAAUAACUUGUUUGUUGCUUUCGCUGCCGUUACUGGGUUUGUGGAGAAGAAAGAAGGCCAGAAUGUGGAUUAUGUGUUCGUUGUGGAGGUGUUGUGGUCUGAUGGACGGACCACUUAUGUAAAACGGACUUAUAAUGACUUCGAAGCCUUACAAAGAGACUUGGAAACCUUCGUUAAAACUGAGAAACAUACAUUUGAAGGUUCCAACCCAUUUCCCCGUUUAGAAGGACGCAAAUUUUUCCGUAAAAAUGAUCGCAAAUUAGCUGAAAGCCGAGAAUUGGAAUUACACAAAUUUGUAAAAGAGAUUUUGUUGAUGCAUCCACAGAUGUCCAGUAGUCCAGUUAUUGUUGAGUUCUUUGAAGCCCGUUCGCAUGACCCAAUUCCACCGAUGAGAGAACCUUUGGAAACCACAGACUUCUAUGAGAUGGAUGAAUAUGAUGCCUACACAUGAACAACAUACAAGACACUCUCUGCUGUUGAUGUACAUAAAACAAGGAACAGACCUGGCUCUAGCUGCUAUUGCUACUAAAAAUUCGGUACGGUUCUAAAGAAGACGUGAAAAACUGUUGAAUUCAGUUUAUUAUUAUUUUUUUUUUUGUAUACAUAUAAUAAUAAUAAUAAUAAUAUUGUU